AUGGAGUGCAACAAAGACGAGGCAAUCCGGGCCAAACAAAUUGCCGAGAAAAAGAUGGAAAAUCUCGACUUCGAGGGUGCCCGCAAGAUCGCCCUAAAGGCCCAGGCCCUCUACCCAGAGCUCGAGAACAUUUCCCAGCUGCUGGGCAUCUGCAACGUCCACUGCUCGGCUCAAAUGAGAAUCUUAGGAGCUGAAAAGGACUGGUAUGGGAUCCUUCAGGUUGAGAAGCUGUCAGAUGAGCCUACCGUGAGAAAACAGUACCGAAAGCUCGCUCUCAAUCUCCACCCGGACAAAAACCGGUUCCCAGGUGCUGAAGCUGCCUUCAAAUUGAUUGUCGAGGCAAAUGCCGUUUUAUCAGAUCCUGCCAAGAAGUCAGUGUACGACAGCCGGAUUCGAGCUGUCGGCCAACCACCUGUCCCUGUGAAAAUUCCACCUCAUCACAUGAACGCGAACAGAACCUAUCAGUUUAACAGGCAAUAUGGGGUUAAUAGUAAUGUGCCAACUGGAUUUACUGGUCUGAACCAGCAUCAAGCGGCCCAGCCGCAGCCGAGUCACUCUGUGAGGCUGGAGAUGUUCACGACCAUCUGCCCGUUUUGCUGUAUUAAGCACCAGCACCCGAGGACGGUGCUGAGCACAAUGCUGACCUGUCACAACUGUUUGAAGAAGUUCAUGCCGUAUGAGAAAACUGGUCCUAGCAUACCUACAGGGGUCCCGAUCAGGCCUGUAGCGAGUCAGACGGGUGCUAAUUUUGGCUCGGGGAACUCUGUCUCACGUGAGGCGUCUCAGUGGCGUGCCAAUAAAAGAGCCGCGAAGGAAAAUCAGCAAGCAGCGCCUGCUUCGGGAGGUGUCCAGGUGGAAAAUGCUGCUAAAGUUCGGGUUGAAGUGAAGGAAAAACGUGUGGAUGAUGGCCGUGAUGUUAGUGCUUCACAUGGGCAGAAGGCGAACGGGUUUGCGGAGAAUAGAGAAAAAGUGAAGGAGAAGAAUAAAAGUAGGAAGAGGGGAAGGAAGCAAAUGAUAUCCUCCAGCGAGAGUUCGGAUUCGUCGAGUGAUUCUGAUUUGGAAGAUGUUACUAUGAAGGGCAAUCAUGAUCUGAAUUCUGGUUCUAGUCAUGGUCACCCUGUGAGGAGAUCUUCGCGCGCGAGGCAAAACGUCAACUACACAUACACGGAAGGUGAUGUUGAAGAUGAUGAUGAUGUUUAUCUUAGUCCUCCCAAGAGAUCGAGAGGAAAUAAAGUACCUGAGGAUAUUGAAGAGGAGAAUAAAGACUCUUUGAAUCAGAAUGCGACCGUUCACCCCGAAGAAAGCAAACAAGCCAAAGGUUUUGCGGAAAGUGAGGGGAUGGGAAAUGGUACAGGCGUUGUAAUUGAAAGUGAGGAUGCAGAAUUUACCGAUUUCAACAAGCUUCGUGAUGAGAGCCUCUUUGCGGUCAAUCAAAUCUGGGCCUGUUAUGAUUCAGACGACGGCAUGCCCAGGUUUCAUGCCUUGGUCAAGAAGGUAUCUCAUGCUCCAUUUGAAUUGAGCUUCACGUGGUUGGAGCCUGACCCUAUAUACGAUGCUCAUAAGAAGUGGACAAAGGCAGGUCUACCUGCUGGAUGUGGCAGUUUUAAGCUUGGGAAAAUUGAAAUCACGCAUUCAAACAAUAUGUUUUCCCACAAAGUGAUUUUUGAGAAAGGAACGAAGAGAGGUUCUUUUCACGUGUAUCCUAGGCAAGGGGAGGUCUGGGCUGUUUUUAAGGACUGGGAUUUGAACUGGAGCUCCAGUCCAGAAAACCAUACAGUGUAUAAAUAUGAAGUUGUGGAGAUUCUCACUGAUUUCGAUCCUGUUAGUGGUCUAAAGGUCUGUUACUUGGAUAAAGUUGCGGGUUUCGUCAGCGUUUUUAAGAGAAGUAGUCUUGACGAGGCCGACUCUUUUCUGGUUCAACCGAAUCAAUUGUACAAGUUAUCUCAUCGUAUUCCAAGCUAUAAAUUGACAGGCUCAGAGAAAGAAGGUGUUCCAGCUGGUUCGUUUGAACUUGAUACUGCUUCCUUACCUCUGGAUGCUGAUGACUUGUUUUACCCUUCAAAAGAAGGGAUGGGCGUGGAGAAAACGGGCCAUGGAGCUAAUGUGGAACCGAAGUCUGUAUAA